AUGUCUCUUAGAUUCUUCUUAGCUGUUUUCUUAAAUAUGUACGAGUUGCUUUUCUCACCGAAUCAUCAUCGGCGAACACCUUUCCUCAAAGUGUCAGACCAACUGGACAGCUCAAGAACUUUUAACGUGUCAAUGUUAUUUCUAUUCGUCGCCCCCCUCUCUGUCUCUCUGUCUCUCUGUCUCUCUCUUCAUAUUUCUCCAUAUCUCUCUUUGCCCCUCUCUAUCUCUCUCCAUAUCUCUUUCUCUCUGUGUAUCUAUCCCUCACUAUCUCACUGCCUCUCUUUCUCUUCUUUAUUCUUUUUAUUCUUUAUGCUUGCUUUUCUUGUUAAUUUCCGAAGUACAUUUAUAACGUUUUAUCUUUCUUUAUAUCCCCAAUCUUCUUUUUUCUUCAUCCAUUAUAUCUCCAUCCUCCUUUUUGUCUUUCAUUUUGUUUUAUUUUUCUCUCUUUCUUUCUUAACUCUCUACUUUUUUCUAUUAUUUCUGUUUUCUUUCUUUUUCCUUUUUUUUCCUUUUUUUCUUUUUCGUAUCAACUUCCGGGACUUCUUUUUGUGUUCUUUAUUUUUUUUUUUCUUUCUUUCUUUCUUUCUUUCUUUCUUUCUUUCUUAUCAUUCCUAUAUUCGUUUUUUUUUUUACUUCAAGCUUAACAUUUCCUUUUCUUCAUAUCUUUAUUUCAUUCAUUCUUCCUUGCGUCCAUUCUGUAUCUUUCUACUAAUUUCCUUUCUUCUCAUCAUUUUUUCUUAUUUUCUUGCUUUCUGUUUCCUUUCUUUUCAUCUUCUUUUCAAGUUGAAUUCAAGGAUUUCUUUCUUUUUUACGUUUCCUUCACCCGCUGAAUUUCUCACUGCGUUUUUAUUCCAAUGUUUUUUAUCUUUCUGCUUCAACAUCAAUAUUUCUUUUCAUUUUCUUUCUUUCUUUCUUUCUUUCUUUCUUUCUUUCUUUCUUUCUUUCAUUUCUUUCCUUUUAUUCUUUCUUUCUUUAUGUUUCCUUUUCCUUUUGUCUUUCUCUAUGUAUUUCAAUCCCGACGUUCGUGCCUUUCUGCACCAAGAGCAAUAUUCAUUCUUUUUCUUUCUUUCUUUCUUUCUUUUUUUCUUUCUUUCUUUCUUUCUUUCUUUCUUUCUUUCUUUCUUUCUUUUUGACUUUCCAGGUUUCAUUCUUUUGACUCUCUAUUUUAUCUUCAUUUUUACUCCUUUUUCUCAUUUAUUAAUUUUUCCUUCUCUUCCUUCAUUUGCGCAUUUCUCGGGAAAUUUUGUUUCUUUUCUUUUCUUUCUUUCUUUCUUUCUUUCUUUCUUUCUUUCUUUCUUUCUUUCUUUCUUCAUUUAA